CCAAUGAGAGAGCGGCGCGAAGGGGAGGGGCGGGGCUGCGUGCGGUGCGCCUGCGCGGAGCGAACGGCCGUUGGGCGCUGUGAGGCGGUGAGGACUCUCCGGGACCGGGUUGCGUUCGCCCUCCGCGCUGCUGCGUGAAGAACAGUUCUCCUUGGUGGGGCCUCGAGAGAGGGAGGAAGCCGUGUACUAUGAAAACGAUGACGGGAUCAAACGAGUUCAAACUCAAUCAAACCCCAGACGAUGGCAUUUCGUCGGUCAAGUUCAGUCCAAAUACAUCUCAGUUUCUGCUUGUUUCAUCCUGGGACACCACUGUCCGCCUCUAUGAUGUUCCUGCCAACAGCAUGAGACUCAAAUAUCAGCAUUCAGGAGCUGUCCUUGACUGUGCUUUUUAUGACCCUACCCAUGCCUGGAGUGGAGGAUUAGAUCAGCAGUUGAAAAUGCAUGAUCUAAACACGGACCAAGAAAACCUCGUUGGUGGCCACGAUGCACCUAUCAGAUGCGUUGAGUAUUGCCCAGAAGUCAAUGUCAUGGUGACUGGCAGCUGGGAUCAAACAGUGAAACUGUGGGAUCCCAGGACACCUUGCAAUGCAGGAACCUUCUCUCAGCCAGAAAAGGUGUACACGCUCUCUGUGUCUGGAGAUAGGCUGAUUGUGGGGACUGCAGGUCGCAGAGUGCUGGUGUGGGAUUUGCGGAACAUGGGCUACGUUCAGCAGCGAAGGGAAUCCAGCCUGAAAUACCAGACCCGCUGCAUCAGGGCGUUUCCUAACAAACAGGGUUAUGUUUUAAGUUCUAUUGAAGGCCGUGUUGCAGUGGAAUACUUGGAUCCGAGUCCAGAAAUACAGAAGAAGAAAUAUGCAUUCAAGUGUCAUCGUUUGAAAGAGAACAACAUCGAGCAGAUUUAUCCAGUUAAUGCUAUUUCUUUCCAUAACGUCCACAACACGUUUGCUACAGGAGGUUCUGAUGGGUUCGUGAAUAUCUGGGAUCCGUUUAACAAGAAGCGGCUGUGUCAGUUCCAUCGGUAUCCCACGAGCAUAGCAUCACUUGCCUUCAGCAACGAUGGAACCACCCUUGCGAUAGCUUCUUCAUAUAUGUACGAAAUGGAUGACAUUGAACAUCCUGAAGAUGGUAUCUAUAUUCGCCAAGUGACAGAUGCAGAAACAAAACCUAAGUCUACUUAGAGAAGAGGUCUCAGUGGAGGUCUACAAGAGUUGCCCACCUGUUCCUAACAAGAUUAAGCUGAAACAAUAGAAAUGGGAAGACAGCCUGUAUUUAGAUGUUAUUUUUAACUAAGAGCUGUUCCUUUGUAUUUUGUCUUAUGUCUUAAUCCAUUGUUACUUUUCUGCUUAUAGUGCUAAUGAGACUGUAUGCAGCUAAACUAGUUCCCUCCUGUCGGUAACUUUGUGUAUACCUUUAUAAACUCGCAAUAGUUUUGUAGUAUCUUUUCUUAAUAAAACUUGCAGUGGUCUCACAAUUGUUCAAUAAAUAUCCUUAGGUUUUUGAAAAUA